CGAGGGCCGUGAUUCAAGUUCUCGUCAUUCGAUAAUUGAACCCAGCACCAAUCCGCGAUCGUGACCAACCACACACAUUACUCGAAAUCAUCACACAUCGCUUGCUGAAGGCCAUCUCAGCAUCCUGCAACGAUGCUGGCCGCUCACCACGACCAGGAGAAUCUGUUCACCAACCAGGCCGGCGCCAUAAAGCAGCCAUUGCAGGCCAAGACGCCGGGUGCCCGCUAUCCGAAGACGCCUCUCAAGGUUCCCCUCAACGACGAGAACGCAAAUCACGGUUUUAAUGGAAAGAGCGUCCUGCGAGACAAGGGACACAAUGAGAAUAUCCUCACCGUUAGCAAGGGAGGCAAUGCCCCCGGCAAGUCUGGGAAGCUGGGCAUGCUGACGCCUGCGGAGCCCCGAACAGCCCGGGCUCCGCUCGGAAACAAGACCACCAAUGCGAAAGCCAGAGCGACGCACCAAACACCGGGCGGCAAAGCAAUUGGCGCCCGCGAUUUCGACAAGAUAAAUAUCAAGCCGACGACUACCCUUCGGCUCAAGCCGGCUGCGUCUCAAUCCGAGCCUCCUAGACUCGAGGUGCAUGCCGACAAUGAUCGGCUGGAACAGGAGGAGAUUGAAUAUGCACCGCCAAAGCCAAAGGACCUCCCUUACAAGUCCGACGUCUUUCCCGACGAUGUCCUGACCUUUGAGGGACUAAAACCAGAGAAUCUCUUCAAAGGCUACUACCAGUAUUACUUCAACCGAGUGGGCGCCGACGGCAAGACGGCAUUGGAGCGGGAUAUGGAAGAGCAGCAGAAGCGGAGCUUUGAGCGCGGCGAAGAGCAGAUUCGGAGGGACAUGGAGGAGUUUGACUGGAGCAUCGGCGACAUUCCUGAGAGCAAGGAUCUAUUCAAGAAGAAGAGCUGUGGGUCGCUAACACCCUCGACAACAACAACCACCAAAAAGGCUGCUUAUCCAGUGCCUAAGCAGCCAUCGACAAUCGCAUCCAGGAAGGCAGCAUCGGCUCUUGCGAUCCCCGUGAAGUCACCAGGCAUUGCUCAGCCAUCGCUGACAAAGGCGACCGCACCACCGACGACUAAAGUAACAACCAGAGGAUUUCUUUUACCGAAGCGGAAACCAGCGCAACCAGCGGCCCAGCCAACCAUCCCGGCUUACCAGCGGGUAUCAGCAGCGGCAGCUUCAAAAAGUACAUUGGGUUACAACAAGGGCCGCUCUGUAUCCUCCGCUGUUCACGGUCCUGCCCACAACCCAAUCGCCCCGCCGGCUCAGCAUCAGACAGCGCCAGCGCCGAAGCCUCGUACUCUGGUUCGGUCAGUCAGCACAGCUUCUACAAGCUCGGACGCCACCAUAACACCAGCCCGGUUUGCGCAGUCCUCAAAGGAGUCGAGGAAGCCAGAUUUCCUUUCCAUCUUUGAUGACGACGAGGAAGAGUACAAUUUAGGCGGGGGCCUGCCUCCGACCGAUGACGACAACGAUGAUUUCCAGCUCACUGUAAGGUUUGAGUGAGAAACACUGCUGCCGUACACGACGUGAGGAUUGGAAUGGCUGAUGGCGUUGGGUUACGGCGUCUGGAAACGGCUAAGAAGCAUGAUGGGUACUCGUGCUGGCUUGUGUGGCCAGCUAGCAGUGGUUUAUUGGGGGCUUGUUUCCUUUGUUCACGAAAGAGGUUAGGUAACUUGCGCACCUAUGUAUUCUCACUCACGACCUGUAGAACGACAUGCUUCCAGGAUGGUGGGCGGUUUUGCCCUGACACCGAGGAGACACAGGCACUAUUAUUCAAGAGCAUGCUGCUUUGUUAACGUUCUUGAAUGUACCAUUAUUACGAUACAGCAAGGUAAAAUACUCAAGCGCCUUCCUACUUUACGGCAUAACAUCCCCUAGGGGCUCACCAGUCAGAAAGAAUGUCGACAGCUUGAACACAACAGCACACAUUGG